AUGGCAGCUACUUUAAGCGAUCGCUGCAUUGGUUGCCUCUUGUGUCAUAUGAUUGGUGAUCAACUAGGUGCCGGUGUCGAAGGCUUUUCAGCUGUCAGAAUUAAACGCGAGAUUGGAAUGGUACGUGAUGAUAUAAAAGCACCGCAUAUGGGUAUUCCGGAACUCGGACCUCGCAUACAUAUGUAUACGGACGAUACAAAUGCUAUGCUUGCACUAGCAAAUAGUCUAGUUGCGAAUGAAGGCUUGAAAGCAAAACACGCAGCACAAUCCUACGCACAAUUUUGGUCUACUGGAGUCAAGCGAGGAUAUCCUGAUUCUGCUCAAGCAAGUAUGCAGUGUGUACUUGAUGGUAAGAUCGACUAUCGUGAAUGUGGACGCAUUAACUUUCCAGAUGGGUCGUUUGCUAACGGCGGAGCCAUGCGAAUAGCUCCUGUUGCACUUGCCUUUCGCGAUGCAUCGGAUGAGGAACUCUACGAAGCUGUUCGUAUGUCUAUUAUUUCUUCGCAUGUGCAUCCUGAAGGUAUAGACGGAGCUUUUGUUUUGGCUAAAGCUAUUAUUUUGGCUCUUCGUUGUGAAUCAAUUGAUACAUUCGAUGCUUCAGGAUAUCUGAAUACUCUGCAAUCAACAGCGCGAACUACUAGUAUGCAGAAUCAGAUCAAAAAAUUGAUUAAAUUCUAUACUGACCAGUACGGUACCAAUAGCGCGAGCUCACAAAAGAAAAAGGCGGAUAUUGAUAUAGUACGAGCGUUGGGUAAUACUUUUCAACUCAAAGCAAUCGAAGCUGUACCUUGUGCUUUGUGGGUCGUAUGUACUGGUUAUUGUGAACCGGAAGAAUGUCUCGUUCGUGGCGUUAACAUGGGCGGUGAUGCUGAUACUGUAGCAGCAAUGAUUGGAGAUAUGGUCGGUGCUUUACACGGUUGGGAAUGGAUUCCUGCUCGUUGGUAUGAUAAUAUAGAACCGAAUUCCGACGAGAACAUGUGCAGAGGAAAAGAAUAUGCUAUUGAACUAGCAAAGAAAUUGGCCACGAUGAGCGUACAUAAUGUACUAGAUGACGAUAGUUAA